AUGCCACUGAUCAUGCGACCUCCCGCAAAAACCUCCAACGAUAUGGUCGAUCCUGAGCGCCUUCGCCAGACCGCGCGACGCAAAGAGCAGAAUCGUAAUGCUCAGCGUCGGCUUCGCGUGCGCAGAGAAGAACAUAUCUUGCAGCUCCAGGCUCAGCUAGAGGAGCUUCAUCGCCGAUCUCAGAGCCAAGAAGAAGAGAGUCACUUUCUAAGGGAAGCUCUUGCCCUCAUGCGUGCCGAAAAUCGUACGCUGGCCGAGCAGAUCGCUAUGAUCCACCAGGCUUUUCCUUCAACCCAGUCAUCUCAUCCUCUACAACAGAGGGCUUCCAUCAGACCCGGCGCCGAUCAAAAUGCUUCUCUCAAUUUCAGCCGGAGUCGCUCACAAAGCGUCACAGCUUCCAUGAUCCCACCUUUCGCUUUUGGUAACCCUGCCGCUCCUUGGUCCACCUCGACACAGCAGCCCACACCCGCGGUGCAGCAGCCUUUUGGAGCCACGGAUGCUCCCAGUGCCACGCAUCGCACCACUUUCUCUCUCGCUUCGCCUCUGCCAGGCGCUCCAGGGUUUGUCGGCGGUCUAGCAGGGCCAAAACACGACAACAGUGAGGACGUUGUCAUGCCGCGAUCCCAAGACGCUAGUCGCACAAGUUCAAUCUCACCAGCCUCGCAGCGACGCGAUAGCUCCAUAAUCAGUCCUUUUGACUUGAGAUCCGACCUCUCUCGUCUCGGCAGCGGUCAGACAGAGCUGACGCUACCCUCGGAACCGUCAGAGGUAGAGCGUGGUACACCCACCAAGUUUCGACGUACAUCUGAUCUGGGCUCGUUGGCUGGUAUACCUGCUGCAAUGUCGCAAUCAUCGCCGGUCGAAUCGACAAACAUCCCAUCCAGAACUGCAAUACCCGCUACUCGUCCAUCUACAAGUGAAAUUAAGACCGCUUCGACCAAUUUUGCUCCUGGAUCAGAUGAUGUGACGGCAUGCUGCCUCGAAAGCAUUCACUCUCUGCCCCAAGCCAACGUACAGAAGCGCACGUUUGACAAUGGCACUUCGUGGAUGUCGCAAUCCAACGACGAUUCUGCCCAGCUGGCACUCUCUGACUUGUCGACCAUCUCUAAGUCUCUGGCUUUGACGCCGGUGGCUAUGGGUUUAACCAACGCCAUGACGGGCAGCGGGGCCGUUGGCGAUGGAUGGUCCAUCUCGCCUUGGAUCAACAUGCCCCAGACGCCGUCUGACGGUGCACUUGCCAACACGUAUACUAGUGCUUCUCGUGCUCAAGCCGACGGCCACACUGUAGACACGGGCAUGGCGGUCGACGGGAGAAAGUCGUUGGCAUCUCGUCGUGGGUUCUCGGGUAGCCUCAAAUUUGAGGCAAACGCUGUGUAA